GGGACGGACCUGAAGUUGCAGAAGUCCCGAGCCAUCCCAACUCUGAAGGGCGCUGUAGACGCCGGGACUCCCGGAGGGGCGCGGAGGGAAGGAUUUGGGGCAUGGCUCAGCUGGCGGUGAUCCCCGGGUCGGCCACGGCGUGGCCAGGGCUCCUCAGCGAGGGCGGCCGCAAGGAUUCGGACAUGCGGGAGGCGGCGUCGCUGCGGCAGCAGCGCCGGAUGAAACAGGCCGUGCAGUUCAUUCAUAAGGACUCCGCCGACCUGCUGCCCUUGGACGGCCUCAAGAAGCUGGGCUCGUCCAAGGACACGCAACCUCAUAACAUUCUGCAGAGGCGCCUCAUGGAAACCAACCUGUCUAAACUUCGAAGCAGUCGUGUGCCUUGGGCCUCCAAGACCAACAAACUGAAUCAGGCUAAGUCUGAGGGACUAAAGAAGUCUGAUGAUGAUGACAUGAUUUUGGUUUCUUGCCAGUGUGCUGGAAAGGAUGUGAAAGCCUUGGUUGACACAGGCUGUCAAUAUAAUCUCAUCUCUUCAGCCUGUGUGGAUAGACUGGGACUCAAGGAGCAUGUCAGAUCUCACAAACAUGAAGGAGAGAAGCUUUCUCUACCCCGGCAUCUGAAAGUAGUGGGCCAGAUUGAGCACCUGGUGAUCACACUGGGCUCCCUCCGCCUGGACUGUCCAGCAGCUGUGGUUGAGGACAAUGAGAAAAAUAUAUCCCUUGGUCUCCAGACUCUCCGAUCCCUUAAGUGCAUCAUAAAUUUGGAUAAGCACCGGCUGAUCAUGGGGAAGACAGACAAAGAAGAAAUCCCUUUUGUGGAGACAGUUUCCUUGAAUGAAGACAACACUUCAGAAGCAUAACUACAGACUGCAGCAUGUCUGCACGUAUGCACACAUACCAGGUUGACAGAUUGAGAAAACUGGGUUUGAACCAAAUGCAGUAGCAACUUGCUGUGGACCAAGUCCUUCCCUCUAAUAAAAGCUCCAGGAACUCCUUCCCACCCAGACCUCUCUAGACUUUAGUCCAUGCUUAGAGAUCUUAUCUGGUUAUAGCCAUUGUUUUUUACUCCUUUGAUCACUUAAUUUAUAGACCUUUUGACACUGCCAGGUCUCACUUGUGGCCUACUUUUCUGCUUCUUCAGGAAUUUGCUUUUAUUAGUCAAAUAUAGGGGCUGCCAGGUUCUGUUUCUCCAUAGAUAGACUUGCUUCUUUUCCUAUAGCUAAAACGUAUAAUAAACAGGAACCUGACCUUUACCUCCUUUCAACUGUUUCAAAGAGGUGCGAGAUACCUAUGUCUCAGAAUUGGAAUUUCUUCUAAUUAAUUCAUUGAUUUCUCAAGAAUAAAUUUAUCUGAAAGAGCCCAGAGAGAUCAUCUAGUCCAGCUCCUUCAUUUAUAGGUCCAGAGAGGCAAGUGAAUUUCUAAGCUGUUAAUACUAAGUCAGUGGCAGAGGAACCUAGAACUCAGACUCGACAAGCCAAGGCUAUAUUCAUUCUCCCAUGCUGCUGCUUUUGACAUCAGGCCUUGAGAGAAAGGUGAAGAAGUGAGGGUUUAUAAAAAGCAAGGUAGGGGAGGAAUCUGCUUCGGAGAUGGAUGCCAGGAGGAUCUGGGUAGCCCUCCCUCCUGUGUGCUAAGUCCACUAAAAGUCUCUGCCCUAAAUUGUCAUAUUUAGGACUUUAUUUUGGCACCUAAAAGCUGAGGGUACAAAAAUGAAUGAGACGGCCUCUCACCUUGAACUUCUUGAAGGGGAGAAGAGGGAAGGAACCAGAGACGAAAGAACAUUAAUCACUUUCUGAGAUGGAAUUGAAGGCUUUGGUAAAUAACCUGAGGAUGACUCCUAGAUAUUAAUACCCUAAGAUCUAUUCACUAUUUCUGCCCAGCCUGUUAUUUGUCUGCCAUGGACUCAAGUAGCUGGGAUAAGGAUAGGAAUAGGGAAAGGAGAUGAAAAAAAUCCAAGCAGAUCCAGAAUAGAAGGAAGUACUGUGUAGAAUCCCAUUGGUGGGAAGUCCCUCUUAUGGAAACCUUUCUGUGGUGGAAGUCAGGAAAGGAAUUUCCAGACAGGGAACUGAGGGUUGGGAAACUCUUCAGCCUUGUUCUACUUCAAAGAAAGAAGCAGGGCAGGAGCUGACAGUGUUAAGGAUCACUUUUUCUGGCUGCCCAAUGUCUGCUGACCGUUCUCAAAAUGUUAGAGAUCAUAGGGGUUUCUUAAAGCUUUUUUAUUUGGGGUGUCAGGUUUGGGAUGCAGAUACCUGUAAUGAAAUCUCCCCUUCAAUUUGGUUGUAGAAGUACAGGGAGAAGUCAGAAAAAUAAUCAGCUGUGAAUAUAUUUUUAAGAGAUUUUAAGUCUACCCUUGGCUCAUAGCAGUAGUUUCCAGAGUGUUUAAUCCAUCCCACUUUGAAUUUUGCCAGGUCCCACCAACAAUCUCAUCAAGUGGUGUUCAGUUACUGCCUCUAUCAAACAACUCUUUGGAACUCUGAAUGUUUUUAGACUUACAGAAGCUCCUAGGAACUUGGUAACCCUCAUUUGAACAGCUAAACAACCAUACCAUAGCCUGAGGUCACCCCCAGACUCCCUACCAGCCUCUAUAGUAGAAGCAAGAUGGAAAACUAAGCACAGACACAACAGGGAAGGCCAUGUCUGAACUUCAGCAGGGGUGACCCCAGCUUAUCAGCCUUUAGUGCCCCCUCCAAAUUCACCCCAGUUUUUCCUGGGAGCGUGUGCCUUUCCAUUGAGGCCUCUCCACUCUCCUGCUCUACUUAUUAUGGCACCACUUUGGCCUGCUCUUUAUCCUAAGACUGAGUUGAAAUACUUCACCCCUUUUUCCCCAGGUUGAAAACUCCAAGCCUUGCCUCUUGGCCACGAGUGAGGCAUCUUGGAAGUUCCUUGGCCUAGUUUAUCCUUAUUUGGAUUCCGUCUAGACCAAGUGAGGCCAGGAAUUCUACGGUGUUGGAAAGGUGUAACUAAUUCUGGCCCUUUGAGUUCAGGAUUAUAUGGUGUCAGAGAGAUGAUCAGGUGGCCUUUAGUGAUCUUUCUGGCCUCUGUGAAUCAGCCAGUGAUUUUCCAGUUUUGGAAUAGAAACAGUUGGGGUGAUAUGAGCUUAGGGUAUCAUAAUCUCAUUCAGUAUAGUCAAAUCAUUUGAAUUCACUAACCAAAUAAUUGUACUUUAAACCCCAGGCUUUAUAGAGGUAAUUAAAAAUGUCUAAAUACCACUCUGGGAAGUCUUAUGCUUCAUUAGUCUUUAAAUGCUGCCAAGUUGAUUAUUCUGAUAGCCCAUAUCUCCUUGAUAUUCAUGAGGGGAGUACCUGAUCCACUUUAUGGGGACUGGCAAGGUGAAAAGUAAGGUUAGUUCUUCCCAGAAUCCUAGGAAAUUCUCUCUGGCACCUCUGAUUCAGGAUAUGGGAAGAAAGUAUCUACCCAGGUCAGAGUUCUGAAGACCGGCAGUUGCAGGGAGUAAUCCUAUAGAACUAGUACCCUUCUCAUUCCUUAUUAGAGGUCCCUCUCAAAUACAGGAAGUUUGAAAACUAUUGUUUUUGUUAUUUGGUAUGUCUAUGCCUGAGUUAUAUGAGGAACAAAUGUUUUCUGACUUUUCUAUAUCCUUGCCCUGCACAGACCCCACCUGGUAAGAUUUUCUAUUCUUUAGCUCAAAGUGUCUGUGGAAUGGAUUGCUUAUUGUGUCAGCUGCCCUGACUCUUGUGUAAUAGAAAUAUCUUUCCAGGCUGGAGACAUGGGGGAAAUGAACUGGAUUCUUUCCUCCUUCUGUUGCCAGGCCUCCACAUUGGCACUUUUACCUGCUCAGUGUUUCUGGCUGUGUUGGGUUUAUUUGUGAGAUUGAUGUAACAAUAAAGUGAAAUCUUCCCCUCUG